UAUUGUUAUUUAAGCACCAUUGGACGGUCAUAAACUGGAAUAAUUAAGUGGAAGAUAACCCAUUUCAUGUAAUAUUGGUUUCCAACAAACAGUUGACAAACCAUCCACCAAAAAUUUAUGGGAUCAAACCUUAAUAAGAAAUGAAAGAAGAACAAACCCACUAAACCUCAAAUGUCAACACCACCCUUCAUUUUCUAAAUAUAAUUCUGUUUGUUGAAACUCCACAUUCUCAUCCCAACAACAUUUUUCAAUUUAUUAUCUCUCCCUCUCUCUCUCUCUUUCCAUUGUGUUCGUCAUUAAUAUCAUUCUCUCUCCUCCUCCUCUUCUCUGUUUCUUCACUUUCAUGCAUUUUCUUUCCCAGAAAAUUUGUGGGUAUUUGAUCUCUUCUGGUGGGUCAUCUUCCCUUCUGAGAUCGCCCUAGUGGAGGGGUUGUCUCACAAAUGGGAGCCUGCUGCACAAAAGAUCACAUCCAUGGAGGAGGCUACAUGACCUAUGAUAGAGAUGAGAGGGAUUCCAAUGCCGGCGACGUCGGAGAAGAGGUCCGACGUGGUGACGACGGCGAGACUGUUAGACUCCGUGGAUCCUCUGCCUUCACAUCAAUGUUCACUCAACGAGGAAGAAAAGGAGUCAAUCAAGAUUCAAUGACGAUUUGGGAGGAUUUCUCAGGGGAGAAAGAUUUGGUGUUUUGUGGAGUUUUUGAUGGUCAUGGUCCUUCUGGUCAUAGGGUUGCUCGUUAUGCACGAGAUGUGCUACCCACGAAGCUCUCUAAAGCAAUCAAAAAACACCCAUCGAAACCCGAAGAUGGAUUGGUUUCUAUAUGGGAAGCUGCUUUUGAAGAAUCUUUCAAAGAAUUUGAUCAAGAACUCGGCUAUGAUUCUUCUAUUGAUUGUUUCUGUAGUGGAGCAACAGCCGUGACCAUUAUCAAACAGGGAGAGCAUUUGGUGGUGGCUAACUUGGGUGACUCCCGGGCGGUUCUCUGCACCAGAGGAGAUAAACAUCAACAUAUUCCCAUCCAAUUAACAGUUGAUCACAAACCAAAUAUUCCAUGCGAAGCAGAAAGAAUACACAACAGCCAUGGCAGAAUCACAGCAGAAAAAGAAGACCCAGAUAUACACAGAGUAUGGGUACCAGAUGCAGAUUACCCAGGCCUGGCCAUGUCAAGAUCCUUAGGCGAUUUUUGCCUAAAAGAUUACGGCGUUAUCUCAAACCCUCAAAUCUCCUACAGAAAUCUCACAAGAAAAGACGAGUUCAUCGUUCUAGCAACAGAUGGGGUAUGGGAUGUGUUGACGAACAAGCAAGUAAUCAACAUAGUUGCUUCAGCAAAGAACCGAUCCACGGCAGCGAAAUUGGUAGUGAAACUAGCAGUUCGAGAAUGGAAACGACGAUUUCCAGGGUCAAUGAUCGACGAUUGUGCAGUGAUUUGCGUGUUCUUCAAGAACCCACCAAUGUUGAUGAAAUCAAUGACGAGCGUGGGGCGGCGGAACGUGAGAAGCCACCCAGAAUUUGCAGUUUCAAGAAGCUGUAAAUCAAUGGGGAAUGAUAGAACAAGAGAAGAAGCAGGUGGGUCUGUGAACAGAGAUUCUUCCGAGGAAGAAUUGAAGGGUGGUGGACAGGGAAUUUGCAGAAGCAAUUCACUGACGAGGGCUCCGCCAUUUUCGAGGGCUUUGAGCCAUAAUCUGAAAAUGGGCAAGUCUUGUCAUGAAGUUGAAGCAUGUUGAGCGUUCGAUGAGUGUCUGCUACCCCUGCACCGGACCCAGAACAACGAAGAACACGUUUUUUUUAUGUUAUUUUGUUUGUUUGUUGGUUGGUUUUGUUUUGUUUAUAUCAAAAUGUUUAGAGCAAUGUUGGUGAUGUUGUUGUAAUCUCCUUAUAGUAUAUUAUUUUCUUCUUUUGGGUUGUAUCAAUGUAAAUUUCAACCACAUGUUAUAUAUAUCUUGAGAAGAAUUGCACCAUGAACA